UCAAUGUUAAAAAUGGUGGAGGAAAAAUUCUGAUAGGGGGUCUAAUUACCCACAUUGCCACACUAUAUGGUUUUGUAUGCAAUGGUGCACAAAACCACAAGACCCUUCUUGGCCUUCAGUUUUUAAAGAAUGCUGGCGAUGUGUCUCUUUCACACAUAUAACAUGAUGGCCUAGAAAUCUACAAUUGGCACAUCAAACCCGGCCAAGAACUAUACUACCCCUUCCCUUCCGAAAACCUCUCGCUUAACAUCAUCGAUCACCAAAUCGGUAUUGGACACCACUAUUGUAUGCCCGGGGGAAUUCCACCACAUUUUGCACCCCCAGAAAAUGAGGCGGGGGAGAAUGAAACCGCCAAUGAACAGCCUGCACUUGAAGCACCACCCAUCAUUCCUGAACAACAUCGCCCACAAUCCCAUGCUCAUCAAUACUCUCCAUUUGAGCAAGAAAUGCUAAACAACAUGAAUGCUCUUAACCUCAAUUACACCCAACUUCGGGAGGAAGUCGGGUUGUACAGAAAUGAGCAAACGCAUAGCUUCGAGAGGAUUGAAGAACCAAGGCGAGAAGAUUGGUGCCAAUAUGAAGAGGACCAAAGGAGGACUUUUGGGCCUAUCUACUCCUAUAUCGCACAUCAGGGGAACUUCAACUCUAUGACCACUCCUCCUCUGGCACCUUCAUGGUAUAACCCCACUGAAUGGGGUUAUUUCGGUGGCUCGACCUCUAGUGGUGGAGGCGGGGAAGAUGGAUACAACGGUGAUCAUAUGGACGAGGAUACACACUAUAGGGGCUAUGGAGGAUUUUUCGAUGGCGGAGAUGCGGGCGAGCACUAGGGACUGUGCCACGGACUAGUGGUGGGGGAGAUCUUCCCGGAUCCUAAGGGUGAUGACUGAAGAAGGCUCAUUGCAUAAGAAAUUGGAAUGGAAGACCCCUUGAUGUGGCCUUUUUUAUGUUACAGGGGAUACUGUGUAAUUAAUUUUUGUUCAACAAACUUUGUGAUGGUUGGGGUGAUGAACUUAUCAUUUAUGGAUUUCUUGGAUUACAUUUACUCGAGAUGAGUAAAGAUUCAAG